UAAUAAUAUUCAUUUGCAAAUACUCUGCUCUAAGAUAUUCACAUAAUACGACACACAUAUUAUUUUUCUUAUGAUAUUACGAAAUAAAUGCAGAAGAGAAUCUUGUCAAAUAUAACAAGCGAGUCGUCGCGAAUGCUCGACUCAUCGCGCAGUAAAGAUGCUCGCUCCGAAAACUUUAAUAAAGCUACUGGAUCUCCUCGACGAAGAAAAUUUAGAUACCACCUUGGAAAGUCUCUGUAAUCAACUGCACCAAAGCUUUUCUAAGGAGAAUCGCUUUAAGGUGGGAACAAUAUUAUUGCUACAGCUGCAACACAUUGAUUUGCUGCCAAAACAAGUUCAACGUAUCAUAGCGUUAACACUGCUGUUUGAUCUAUAUAAAGGAGAACCAUUAGCUUCCACACCUUUUGCCAGUGUAUUCGUGCAGAUUCUAAAACAAGAAAACACUAAUAAUGAAAACUCCAAACUGGCCAAUCACACGGGUCAUAUACCACUUCUGUCUCAAUGCGAGAAGAAUUUGUUGGUCAAUUUAUUGGGAUACAAUCAUAAGGACAUUAUGAAGAAAACACCUCAUCAGAUUAUGGACGAAUUGUCUUUUGUCUCUGUGUCAUCUAUUGAUUUAACUAAUUUACAAUUGCAAUUAGCGGAACAUCAAUCAGAAUUACCCUCUGUUAGUAAAUGUGGAAAUCCUGUUAUUCUGCCUGAUAUGGAUCAUUCUAAGGAAACAGAAUUCGAUGAAACUACUGUGAGAAACAUAACAGAAACCCUUAUUGUUGGUGACCCACCUUUAUGCAAACAAAGUUAUCAUCCUGAAUUUCUCAGGCUGGUGCCACCUCUUUAUCAUUCUAUUAAUGAAAUAGCUUGGUUUAAUGUCACAGAACCGACGCAAUUUACAAUUGAAUAUGAUGCUAGCAUGUGCGUAUCAAAUUGCGCUGGUGCGGAAGCUCGUAAAUUAAUGGGGAAGGCUUUUAAAGGUGUACUAACUCUGCCACAACAGCAGCAUUUGGUCAAUGAAUUGGAGAAUGAUCCGAAGCUCGUCUAUCACAUCGGACUUACGCCUUGUAAAUUACCAGAUUUAGUUGAGAAUAAUCCUCUAAUUGCCAUUGAAGUUUUAUUAAAGCUGAUGCAAUCUAGCCAAAUCACUGAAUAUUUCAGUGUAUUAGUAAACAUGGAAAUGUCCCUUCAUUCUAUGGAAGUCGUGAAUAGAUUAACCACUACUGUGGAUCUACCAACAGAAUUUGUACAUUUAUAUGUCAGCAAUUGUAUAUCCACUUGUGAAACUAUUAAGGAUCGCUAUAUGCAAAGCCGGCUUGUGCGACUCGUUUGUGUAUUUUUGCAAUCCUUAAUAAGGAACAAAAUCAUCAAUGUGCAAGAACUAUUUAUUGAAGUCCAAGCUUUUUGUAUUGAAUUUAGUCGAAUUAGAGAAGCUGCUGCAUUAUUUCGACUCCUAAAACAACUUGAAUCUGGUGAUACUGGUGGACUUAAUGCUUCAUCUACAAAAAAUAAAAUUGAUAUCUAUUGAAAAAAAUAAAAUGUGUUAUGCGAUAAAAACCAUCUAGCUUUUUAACAGAUGUACACUUCCAACAGAUAUUAUUGUCUAAUUAUAUAUUUAUAUCA